CCCGUUGGUUCCGUGUUUUCACUUUCACUUCGUUGUCGGCCACAGCCGGGUGCGAACGUGCUUUUCCGACCUUCUUCCGGUGGUGUUUCGUUCGAAUUUUCCGCCAACUGCCGAAUUUGGCGCGCCGCGCACUUGAACGUGUUUCGGAACAUUUUGCGGUUUGAAAGUGAAAGUGAAACCGAUCCUAUGCUUUGUUGGAAAUUGUGUGUCUGUUAAUUGUGAUGAAUGUCAUUGUUUCAUUUGACUGUCUAGAGUGGGGUACUUAACCGAGGUUUUAGGCAAAUAAAUCAAAUUCAUUACGCACUUUGAAGUUUGGUUGAUGUGUAUGAAGGAUCGUUCUACCCUCGUCUCCGUCUGAUUGGGAUGGAAAUUGUCGCCCAAGUACUUACUUAUGUGACAAAUUGUGUCACCGAAAGGCAUAGUGGAAGUAAAACAAAAAGAAGUUCUCCACAAGAUAUAGAUCAAGUUUUGCCCAUUGUCAUUGGUAUUAUUUGCGUAAUAAGUGAAGUGAGGCUGUGUGCUCCGCCGUGAUUGCAAAACAAAAGGCGGAUCUAAGGAAAGAAUUUCUGAAGAGUUUUUUUGUGUGUGUGCGGUUCCGCUGUUUAUGUACCCAGAUUGUGGUAAACAAUUUGCCAAACAAGAGGUCCCCGGUCGCCGUUCGUCAUCGGUGGUAUUUGCGGGGAGUUUUAAUACUUUGGCGGACGAAAGGUAGAGAGGAAUAUUAGCCCGUGGAGGUGGGAUUUAAUCUGGAGUGCAUUUGUUUUUCCGCACUGGAAUAUAUGAUCGACUUUGUUCGCGGCUUGUGGAAGAAAGCGUUUGGAUUUUUUUUUUGCUGGAGAUCAAACAGGUAGGUGAAGCAGUUUACUGCCGCUCGCAACAGUUCCAGCUUCCGUCUUCGACUAAAUCUUCUCCACAUAGUCGGAAUACCAGAGCAAAAUCAACAACAACAACGCACGCCAAUGAAUCGGAAAAGGCAUUAAAUUAUCUCUUCCACCUCCGCUCGUUAUCCUCUGUAGUUGACGACUGGGCAGGGCGUUUACUACGCGUCCAGCUGAUAAGCUUGUGAAACGGUACUGGACUGGAAGGUGGUGGCAACCACACCCCAUUCCAUCAAUUAUCGGAUUUUUCUGAUGGAAUCUCAUUCAAUUAACUGUUCCACGAGCAUCGGAUCGAGCAACAAUUGGACCUGCUUCGUCGUGCACUAUGAACUGGAAUCAAUGGCAUCGCCAUCGUCGUCGGCUACACUGGCCAAUCUUACCCGGUCGCAAUUCGACGAGCUGGAAGCGGAAGUGGAGGAUUACGACCUGCUGGCAAUCGAUCCGGCCUAUGAGCUACGAUACGGGCUGGUCGGGACGGUACUGCUGAGCGUGGCCUAUGCACUGAUAUUCAUCGUCGGACUACUGGGCAACAUCUCGGUUGUUAUCGUCGUGAAGAAGAGCACCCUGAUGCGGUCCCCGACCAAUCGCUUCAUCGUCAAUCUGGCGUACGCUGAUUUAUUGGUCAAUUUCCUCUGCCUACCGUUCACGCUCAUCGGUAAUCUCUAUCCGGCGUGGAUCCUGGGGGUGUUUUUCUGCAAGACCGUGUCCUACAUGCAGGGUGUCUCGGUGUCGGCCUCGGUCAACACGCUGAUGGCCAUUUCCAUCGAACGGUGCGUGGCCAUUUCGUUCCCCAUUUCGGGCACGAUAACCACCAGACAAUACCGAGCAAUUGUUUCCGUCAUUUGGAUGAUAGCCUUGGGUAUCAACCUUCCGUGGUUAUUCGUGUUCACGCUGAAACCGAUCGGAAUUCCGGGAAGUCUGGCUCAGAUCUGCACCGAGCUGUGGCCAUCGCCGGCGUCUGAAAGCUGGUACUUUCUAUUUGCCAACCUAUUUCUGUGCUACUUGGGACCGCUGAUUGUGAUUUCAAUUUGCUAUGUUAUUAUCUGGAAAAACGUCGCCUAUCGGAAGCUGCCACGUGACCUGAUCAUCAGCCGGAAGAAUGAGGUUUACAAUCGAAGCAAGGUGAAGGUCAUAAAGAUGGUUUUCGUAGUAAUCAUAACGUUUGCCAUCUCGUGGCUGCCACUGUAUGCCAUCUUUUGCUUCGUCAAGUUUGCCGGUGAUCUCAUCUACGACGAGUCAGCUUCUUCCUCGACAGUGCAAGCCAUCAUCUUCGGAAUUCUGCCGGUAGCGCAGUGGCUGGGAGCGGCCAACUCGUGCAUCAAUCCCAUCCUGUAUGCAUUUAUGAAUCGUAAGUUUCGAGCCGGCUUCCGGCAUCUGUUCCGGUCAUGCUGUAGCAGCGAGGACGACGAAUGGGAUCAACCGACAACCGUCCUGAGAAGUGAUGACACCCGCGAACAGAUGCUCCGUCGGAUACGUACUGAGAGGCAUUUCGUCCGCAAUGGGACUAGAAAUGGAGUCGGGUCACCGCAGUGCGGCCCACUCCGAUACAGCCAAUCAACGAAGGUACAAAUCCAAUCGAAUCGUGUCGAUUGAUUUUUCAAUGAAUCGUAACGUAAAUUUAGAUGUAUAGAAUUUAUCAAUUUUUCCAAAUAUUCUAUCAAUUUGUCAUAUUCCGUGAGCGGAAGUAAAGAAUAAGAGUACAAUACGCUAUAUAAGUCCAAACGUAAAACGUAAUGAAAAUCGAAUUGAUUGCUCGUUAUUGUAAUAAGGGAACCACCAAAGCAACAAAAGGUAGAAUUAGCAUAUGUUUUAAAAACAUUCCAUCGUCAGGUUUAGCCUUGGAAAGGUGAACACAACAUUUUAUGAAGGUAAUGAAAUCUAUUUUCGUACAGUAUUUUGUGAUAUUUAGCUAAAAGUGCAUCAUAUUUAUCGUUGUCC